AGGUUCCUCUCCUGCAUCAAGUCUCAUUCGAACACUUCGCGUCCUUGCAUACUUCCCUCAUCUUUCCUCAUCGUCAUGUUUGGUGCUUCUCUUUUCAGCUAUUUGCUCUUGGCUACAGCCGCUGUUGCCGCUCCCAGAGGCACCAGGCUGGCAGAACGCAUUGCCCGCCGCGCCACAGGCUCUCACCGUUCGCAACCUCUUAAAGUCAUCGAGCAAUCGAUAGUUGGCGACGUCACCAAUGAUGUACAGUACAGUCCCAACUGGGCUGGCGCGGUUUACGCUGAAUCAGAGGGAUCAUUCACAGCCGUGACCGGCACAUUUACGGUCCCCACUCCCAGUGUGCCUAGUGGCAGUUCGGGCGGCACAUACUCGGCAGCUGCUUGGGUCGGAAUCGAUGGCGACACUUGCCAGAAUGCCAUCCUACAGACCGGUGUCGACUUCACGGUCGACGAGAACGGCGACGUCUCGUAUAACGCCUGGUAUGAGUGGUAUCCUGAAGUCUCCUACGACUUCUCCGGCAUCAGUUUCAGUGCCGGAGAUGUUGUACAGCUUACCGUGACGGCGAGCAGCACGACGUCGGGCACUGCGUACAUCGAGAACCUGUCGACGGAACAGACGGUGACCCAGGACCUGAGCUCUUCGUAUGCUCUGUGCGAGGAAAAUGCGGAAUGGAUCGUCGAGGACUAUGAGGAGGAUGGUUCACUCGUCGCCUUUGCUGACUUCGGCACCGUUACGUUUACCAAUGCAGAAGCGACCUACGAUGGAGAAACCGUUGGCCCAUCGACCGCGACGCUUAUCAAUAUCGAGCAGGAUGGCGAGGUCUUGACCUCGGUGUCGACGGAUUCCUCCUCGGUCACGAUCAGCUAUCAGUAAGGCGAUUUUAACAAGAAAGGAGACAAGGCGAAGUUGCUGGCAAGGGUCCGGAUGGCGAAAGGAAAGGUUUGAUAUGAGAUGUGUAGUAAUGUAUUUCGACGUGUGGUGGCUGCCGAGUAUACGAAAAGAAAUGAAUGCGUAUCAUUUCUUGGCGUAUCGCCGGAAACGAGACUUCAAAGAUAGCAUUGUCAUCCUGUUAUGACGGGAACGCUAUCUAUAACAGGGAUAACUCUCUUUCAACGUAUCGUCCAAGAAUUGUACCUUUCAUUACGCCAAUGGGACAAACCUUGAAAGAAAUAAG